GUUAAAUUUGUAUUUAUCUUUCUGAUAUCAACCAGCCUUCUCAAAUCGUAUAAAAUAAUUUAAGAUAUAAAAGGUACACUCUUGUUUAGCAAACAGGGAUCAAUUCCCUCAACCGUGGUGUUUUAGUCAUGGCCUCCAAACGGAGAAGGGCUACGUCCCCCUCCAGUAGUGUGAGCGGAGGGGACUUUGACGACGGCCAGCCUUCAUCCUUAGUGACUUCAGUGGGACGAAAAAGGAGAAGAACUUCAAACAUUCCUACGGUGGAUCCCAUUGCUGUCUGCCACGAACUGUACAACACAAUAAGAGACUAUAAGGAUGACCAGGGUCGGAUGUUAUGUGAGCUAUUCAUACGAGCGCCUAAGAGAAGAAAUCAGCCUGACUACUACCACGUUGUGUCCCAGCCCAUCGACAUGAUGAAGCUCCAGCAGAAGCUGAAGAUGGAGGAGUACGAUGAUGUGGAGCAGCUUACUGCUGACUUCCAGCUCCUCUUCAACAACGCAAAGACAUAUUACAAGCCUGAGACUCCUGAGUACAGGGCGGCUUGUAAGCUGUGGGACCUCUACCUGCGCACCAAGAACGAGUUUGUCCAGCGAGGGGAUUAUGAUGAAGAAGAGGAAGAUGGAGACGAUGCACAAGAGCACCCGGGAGGUUCAAAUGAGGAUGAGAACGCCCCCACGUGCCUGAAAGAGGUACUGGAGCAGCUGCUUGAUGCUGUGGUGUCCUACACAGAGCCCGCAGGACGACUCGUCAGCGAGCUCUUCCACAAACUGCCCUCAAAAGUACAAUACCCAGACUAUUAUGCCAUUAUAAAGGAUCCAAUAGACCUGAAAAUCAUCGCCCAGAGGAUUCAGAUGGGCCUCUACAGAAGUGUUAACGCCAUGGGGAAAGACAUAGAUCUCCUGGUAAAGAACGCCAAAACAUACAAUGAGCCUGGGUCGCAAGUUUUCAAGGAUGCCAAUAAUAUAAAAAAGAUUUUUGCUCAACGAAAGGCUGAGAUGGAGCAUGCAGAACCAGUCAAAUCCAGCAUUCGCAUCAGGAACAGAAGGUCUACCCAGGGAGACCGUCUCUCAGCCAUUACCAUGGCUCUUCAGUAUGAGAGUGAUGAGGAUGGGAUACUUUCUGGGUCUGUUCACUAUGACGAGGUGGAGUCUGAAGCAGAGAGCCUUCACUCCAACAUAGACAUAGCUAACCCCAUUUUUCAGCUGUACGAAGCCGUGCGCGGAGCCCGCAACAGCCAGGGCCAGCUUAUCUCAGAGCCCUUCCUCCAGCUGCCCUCCAGAAAGGACUACCCUGACUACUACCAGCAGAUCAGCCAGCCCACCUGCCUGCUCCAGAUCAGGAACAAGAUGAAGAACAGCGAGUACGAGAGCGUGGAGCACAUAGACACGGACCUCUCCCUGAUGUUUGAGAACGCCAAACGUUACAACGUGCCCCAUUCCUCCAUCUACAAGCGAGCGCUUAAACUACAGCACAUUCAGCAGCUGAAGAGAAAGGAACUGUUAGGGAGAGAGGAUGAUGACGGUGACAGCAUGCUCUCCUGCACCAUGUCCGACACCAGCAGCACCAAGAGGAAGAGCCACAAGAAGAACACCAAGAAGAACCGCAUGAAGACGCUCUACUCCUCUGUGAUCGAAGCCCGAGAGAUGGGCACCGGCAGGAGGCUGUGUGACCUCUUCAUGGUCAAGCCCUCCAAGAAGGACUACCCCGACUACUACAAGAUCAUCCUGGAGCCCAUGGACCUGAGGAUCAUCGACCACAACAUUCGCUCAGACAAGUACCUGAGCGAGGAUUCCAUGGUGGAGGACCUGAAGCUCAUGUUCCGCAACGCACGGCACUACAACGAGGAGGGCUCCCAGGUGUACAACGACGCAGACAUCCUGGAGAAGUUACUGAAGGAUAAGUGGAGAGAACUGGGCCCCCUGCUGGAUGAGGAUGAUAUGAUCUCGCCCAAACUUAAAAUCAGAAAGAGCAGCCUCACCUUAAAGAAGUCCAAGUACCUGACCCCUCUGCAGCAGAAGCUCAGCGAGCUCUACGAGGCCGUCAAGAACUUUACCGACAAGCGCGGACGUCGCCUCAGCACCAUCUUCCUGCGCCUGCCGUCGCGGGCCGAGCUGCCCGACUACUACCUGGCCAUCAAGAAGCCGGUGGACAUGGAGAAGGUCAAGAGCCACAUGCUGGCGAACAAGUACCAGGACGUGGACGCGCUGGUGGAAGACCUGGUCCUGAUGUUCAACAACGCCUGCACCUACAACGAGCCCGAGUCGCUCAUCUACCGCGACGCCCUGGUGCUCCACCGGGUGCUGCUGGAGACGCGGCGGGAUCUGGAGGGCGGCGAGGACGCCCACGUGCCCGACGUGGCCCGCCUCAUCCAGGAGCUCGUCCGCAGCCUCUUCGUCUCCGUGCUCGGCCAUCAGGACGACGAGGGCCGUUGCUAUAGCGAUUCGCUGGCCGAGAUCCCGGCCGCGGAUCCCGCCAGCCCCGACAAGCCGGCUCUCAACUUUGAGAUCAUCAGGGCCAACGUGGACCGAGGGCGCUACAAGAGGCUGGACGUGUUCCAGGAUCACAUGUUUGAGGUGCUGGAGAAGGCCAGACGCAUGCACCGGACGGACUCUGAGAUCUUCGAGGACGCCGUGGAGCUGCAGCAGUUCUUCAUCCGCAUCCGAGAUGAGCUGUGCAAGAACGGGGAGAUCCUGCUGUCGCCCGCCCUCAGCUACACCUCCAAACACCUGCACGGCGACGUGGAGAAGGAGAAGAAGGAGAAGCUGCCCAAGGAGAUGGAGGAGGACAAGGUCAAGAGAGAGGAGGAGAAAAAAGAGGCGGAGAAGCGCGGGGAGCCUGCAGCCGGACCGUGGCAGUCAGGCCUGCAGCGCACCUACAGCCAGGACUGCAGCUUCAAGGACAGCAUGUACCACGUGGGAGACUAUGUCUAUGUGGAGCCUGCGGAGCCCAACCUCCAGCCUCACAUCGUCUGCAUCGAGCGCCUGUGGCAGGACGACGCAGGUGAGAAAUGGCUUUAUGGUUGCUGGUUCUACAGACCAAAUGAAACAUUCCAUCUUGCUACGCGCAAGUUCUUGGAGAAGGAGGUCUUCAAAAGUGACUACUACAACAAAGUUCCUGUCAACAAAAUUCUGGGCAAAUGUGUGGUCAUGUUUGUGAAGGAGUACUUCAAACUUCACCCCGACGGCUUCAGAGCUGAAGACGUGUACGUAUGUGAAUCCCGUUACUCCGCCAAAACUAAGUCCUUCAAAAAGAUCAAGAUGUGGACCAUGCCUGUGAGCUCUGUGAGGUUUGUCCCUCGUGACAUCCCGUUGCCUGUAGUUCGUGUUGCCUCUAUGUUUGCCCCAAAACAUGAAGAUGAGAAGCCUUCUGAGAUAGCAGAGGAGGGCAAGAGUGCAGAUGCGGUCGUGGAUAAGGAGAGGGAGGAUGUGUCCAUGGACAUGACCAAUGGGGAGCCAGGCUGCCAGUACUACGAGCAACUGUGCUACAACGACUCCUGGCUCAAAGUGGGAGACUGCGUCUACAUACGCUCCCAUGGACUAGUGCGCCACCGUGUGGGCAGGAUCGAGAAGAUGUGGUUGCGGGAUGGGUCAGCCUACUUCUUUGGGCCCAUCUUCAUCCACCCAGAGGAGACGGAACAUGAGCCCACCAAGAUGUUCUAUAAGAAGGAAGUGUUCCUUAGCAACCUGGAGGAGGCGUGUCCCAUGACCUGUAUCAUAGGAAAGUGUGCAGUGUCCUCCUUCAAGGACUACCUGUCGUGCCGGCCGACUGAAGUCCCCGAGGAGGACGUGCUGCUCUGUGAGAGCCGCUACAUCGAGACGGAGAAGCAGAUGAAGAAGUUCAAGGGCCUGAAGCGCUUCUCCCUCUCUGGGAAAGUGGUGGAGGAUGAGAUCUACUAUUUUCGGAAGUUGAUCGUGCCCCAGAAGGAGCCGUCUCCUCUGCUGGACAGGAAGAUCGAGGAGCUGGAGGCCAAGUUUGCCGACAUGACGGACGAGGAGCUGGAAGACCUGGGGGAGGACGAGGGGGACCUGGGGGACACGUCCCUGCCCCACAUCCAGACCCCACUGUCCAGCGAGAUGGACAUCAUGCCCUACACACCUCCGCAGUCUACCCCUAAGUCCAUGAAAGGCUUGUCCAAGAAGGAGGGCUCCAAGAGGAAGAUCAACAUGAGCGGCUACAUCCUGUUCAGCAGUGAGAUGCGAGCAGUCAUCAAGGCCCGCCAUCCGGACUUCUCCUUCGGGGAGCUGAGUCGCCUCGUGGGGACGGAGUGGAGGAACCUGGAGGCUCCCAAGAAGGCCGAGUACGAGGAGCGGGCAGGCAAAGUAGCGGAGCAGCAGGAGCGAGAGAGGGCAGCCCAGCAGCAGGCUUCCCCAAGAGCAGGUACCCCAGUAGGGGCGCUGAUGGGGGUGGUGCCCCCCCCGACCCCCAUGGGGAUGCUUAAUCCCGGCAUGACGCCUGUGUCAGGCAUGAUGGGUGCAUACAGGCCCCACGUGAUGCCCCUGCAGUGCCAUGGUAACGGCAUGGUACUUGGCAUGCCACCGCAUCACAUGGGGGCGCUUGUUUUACCUCACCAUCUCCUGCCGCCGGGGAUGCCCACGUUCCCUUGCAUGCCAUACCAGGGUGUCAAUGUCAUGGCUGGGGCUCCUGGAGCGGGGAAUCCCUAUGGAGGACAGAUGGGCAUGGUCGGUGCAGGCCAGCAGUCCCCACCACCAUACCCAGGACAGGGCCAGGUGGGCCAGCCAGCCAUCCAGCAGCCCUCCACACCCAUGUUUGUGUCCCCACCACCCAAACCCCAGCGCCUUCUGCACUCAGAGGCCUACCUGAAGUACAUCGAAGGACUUAAAGCAGACUCCUCCACCAUCAGCAAAUGGGACCAAACCCUCUCCGCUCGGAAGAAAGACGUCCGCCUGACUAGAGAGCAGGAGAGCCGACUGCCGUCACACUGGCUAAAGAGCAAGGGCGCCCACAACACGAUGGCAGAUGCACUGUGGCGACUCCGAGACCUGAUGCUGCGGGACACCCUGAACAUCCGCCAGACCUACAACCUGUAGAUCGAUACCUCUGCACCCGAGCCUCCUCGCCUUACACUGUCAGACAGGAAAGGUUGAAAGCUCGCAAAAAAUAAAAGCGUCAUUGAAUGUUUAUU